UUCUCUCAUAUAUAUGUUCAUAUGAUCAUUCGAACAUAAGCUACUUCCGAUAUGAAUCACCAGAUUUCCAGCAAGGAGAAGACCGGGAAAGUGGCAGCUGGGAUCAAUAAGAAAUCAUCGCCAUCACCAUUGAUCCGGCAAUCCAAGACAGGGGCGAAGAAGCUGUCGACCGACCCGCAGAGUGUAGCGGCAAGGCAGCGGCGGCACCGGAUCAGCGACCGGUUCAAGACACUGCAGAGCCUUGUCCCCGGGGCGCACAAGAUGGACACGGUGUCCAUGCUGGACGGGGCUAUCAAAUACGUCAAGUUCCUCAAGGCUCAGAUCCUGCUUCACCACCAGCUCUCCAUGUUAUUCUCUGGCCGUCUUCAUCCCAACUCGGGCUACGAAUGCGACAUUGGGCAAGAUAACCGCUACUAUUAUUAUUGCCACAACCCGGACUCAAUGGCGACUGAAUCGAGCUCCUCUGGUUCUGCCGCCGAACCAGUUGAUGAUCAUUUGUUGACUCCAAACCCUCGGCCUCCCACCUUCUUCUCAGGGGCGGUGGAGGUGCAACCAGCUGGUUCACCACAGUUGCCGGAUUUUCCAGCGCUGGGUCCGUGUGUCGACUUAGGUGAAGAGACAAUGCUGUAUUAUGGAGGAUCAUAUACUUAGCUAGCAAGUUAAUUAAUUUAGCUUAAUUACUGAUGAUGAUCAUAGUGUACCUGCAAUGUUUUAUAUGUGUGUGUAAGUGUGUGCGUCUCUUCUGUGUGAGCACCAUAAAAUGUUGGACUAAAGUUGGGAGUGUAAUAUUUAUCAAUGUACAGCUAGUUGGGUUGUUUGUAUAGUCGUGAAUUGAAUGUUGUCAGAUUCACCAUACUUGCAAUCAACGAUGAUGUAGUCUUGGCCACAGGAAGAUCAUUUUGGAAGCGGACUUGGAGGUGCUACUCGAUCUUCUGAAAUCGACUAAUUUAUAGCUUUCUCAUUUAGAUGGGGCCAUUGGAGGUGUCCUUCAAGGAGUUGGGGUGGUGGAAGUUCAGCACAUUUACAGGGAAGGCAAUGCGUGUGUAGAUUGGAUGGCUCGUCUAGCUUAUCAUUUUUCACUCGGAUCAUAUCGUAUCAAUUUGUUGCCUUUGGUUGGGCUUCUAUAUCCCGCUUUUGCUUAGCAUAGUUUUGUUUAUUGUACUUUCUGCACUUUCUUCUUCCUGAGCUAUGGCUCUAUGUAACCCACCGGGGAAAAAAAUGAAAACUAAAACUAGA